AUGGCUUCCGAAGCUCCCGCCAACGAGCUCUCCGCUGCUCAGAAGCUCAUGCAGAAGCACGCAGAGGCUCCCCAUCAUGUCACUGUCGAGGAUGCACCUGAUGAGGACCUUCCCAUCCGUUCUCCUGCCGAGGCCUCUAGCUCCGCCGAAGCCCAGGCUCCAGCUCCCAAAGUAGCUCCCAAGCAGACCGCUUCCAAGACUCUCGAUACUCAGUCGCAUGAGUUGUUCCCUGAGCUCGGUGCCCCCAAAGGCAAGGCUGCCAAUGUGGCGCCCAUCUGGGGAGCUAAGACCUCGAACGGGGCCGCCUCCAACGGUGGCUCUCGUUCGUCUACUCCCGCCUCUGGUGCUGCUACCCCUAACAAGCCAUCUAUGUUCAUUCCUGGCCGCAAUGUCGAGUCCGUCACCUUGGAUCCCCAGUACAUCAUGUCUCGUAGUCAGCUAAAGAGGCCUAUCCCUGAUAUCAUCAAGGAUCUUAACCGCAAGUCUCGUGCCACCCUCUCGAUGGCCACCUCCUCCAACGGCCGCUACAGGUUUGAUGCUACUGGUCCUCAAGAUGUCGCUCAACAGGCGCUCAAGGAUUUGGUUGGUCAGAUUGGUACUCGAGCUGCUAUCAAAGUUCCGAUUCCACAGUCAGCCCGCGCCCACAUCAUCGGUAAGGGAGGUUCCAUGAUCAAGGCUCUCCAGGAGAAGACAGGUGCCAAGAUUCAACUCCCCAAAGUCGACGAGAGUAACCCUAUCGAUGAGGAGGAUGACGAUGCCACCAUUGAUGUGACUGUCGAGGGUAAUGCCCUCUCUGCCGCCUCUGCUCGAGAUGCGAUCCUCAAGAUUGCUGAUGAGCGAUCUGCCAAUGUCCAGACUAAGGUUCGGGGCAUUCCUGCUGCCUUCUAUCCCUUUAUUGCUGGUCAAGAUAAUGCAUUGGCUCAAGCUCUUGAACAAGACAAUGGUGUACAGGUCCGCAUCCCUCCCCUGCAGGCAUACUCUACAGGGCCAGCUGCUGUUAUUGCCAACCCUGGUGAACGGCCUAUCUUCGCCCCUGCUGGCAACGAUGAUAAUCACAUCCAGCUUGCUGGUGACCGCGCCGCCGUGCAAAAGGCUCGUGCCGAGAUUGAGCGCCGAGUUGCCGAGCUCCACAAGCAACUUGCUGCUGAGCAGCUCUCUAUCCAGCGUGGCCGCCACCAAUUCAUCGUGGGUGACCGAGGUGUUCCUGCUGAGCAAUUCUUUGCUGAUACUGGCUGCUCCAUUCUUCUUCCCACUGAAGAGGAUGAUGAUGUUAUCACUGUCAUUGGACCCGCUGAUGAGGUUGCUUCUGGUCUGGAGAAGGCCAUGGAUCUGGCCAUGGGCAUGCAAAUGUCUAACUUGGAUAUUGCUCGAUUCCACCGCAACGCCCCUGGCGGCGCUGCUGCACAUGCCGGCAACGUGACUCGAUACCUCCGUCAACGCAAGGAAAUCGAGCGCCUGGAAACUUUCUACAACACUCACAUCAACACUCCUUUCUCAGAAGGCGGUGCACUUCCUUGGGAACUCUACUCGCGUGAGGGUAAGAAUGCCAUCCGUGCUCAGUCCGAGAUUACUGGCAUCGUCAAUGCUCAGCCUCCCUCUCGCAUGAGCGCUAUUCCCAUUGAUCCUUUCUUCCACCAACAUCUUCGCAACAACAUUUCUCGUCAAGUGAAGAAGGACUACGGUGUUCAGGUUGUUGUCCCUGAGGCUUCAGAGGGCAAUGUUCCUGUACUCCUGGUUUUUGAGGGUCCUGAUCCCGCCGAUGGUCCUUAUCAGCUGCCUAGCACUAAGCCAACUGAUGCUGAGAUCCGUGCCUUUAAGAAGGGGCUCGAGGAUGCCCAGAAGCACAUUAUUGACCUGAUCAACAAGCAGGAAGCUAUUACUACUGCUACCCUUGAUGUACCUGCCAAAUACCAUGAAAGACUCAGACGAUUCAUCAAGAAGGAGCAGGAAUCUCGCAAGUCGGAUCAGAUUCCUGUCCGGGUCACCAAGGUCGGAACCAACAUUACUCUUCGAGGACCUGCGUCUGCUGUUGAGUCUCUUGCUGCCAAGGCCAAUGCUUUCGUGGAGCAAGAGAAGGAGGACGAGAAGGAGCGAGGAUUCACUUUGUCUUUCGAUUUCCCCCAGAAGUUUGCUAAUCACCUAAUUGGUAAGGGUGGUAGCAACAUUCGCGAGCUUCGAGACCGUUUCGAUGUUGAGAUUCAAGUCCAAGAUGGCAAGGUUGAGCUCAAGGGACCUAAGGCCAAGGCUGAGACCGCUCGUUCUCACAUCCAGAGUCUCGCUCGUACACUGGCUGAUGAGACAAGUCACACCCUGAAGAUUGACCCCAAGUAUCAUAGGGAGUUGAUUGGGGCUCAGGGAAGUCAGAUCAACCGGCUGCAGACUCGUUAUAAGGUCCACAUUUUCUUCCCUCGAUCUGCUAAGUCUGCAGAUGACGAGCAGUCGAAUGCCGAUGCCGAAGAGGGUGCCAAACCUCGUCGACAGCAGGCUCCUGAUGAGGUCAUCAUCCGAGGUCCCAAGAAGGGUGCCGACGAAGCUCGGGAUGAGAUCUUUUCUCUUCACAAGUAUCUUGAAGAGCAUUCGGCCACCGCUACCGUUGCCGUGCAGCAGAAGCAAGUCGGAUCUCUGAUCGGACAGGGUGGUUCCGCUCUUGACGAGCUUCGCCAGGCUACUGGUGCUCGCAUUGAUGUACCCCAGGACCGAGACACUGACAUCGUCGAGAUUCAGAUCAAGGGUACUGCGUCCCAGGUCGCCAAGGCCAAGAAGGUUCUUGAGGAAAAGCGAGCUGUUUUCGACGAUACUGUAGUCCGAACUCUCGACGUUGAUAAGAAGUACCACAAGGCUCUCAUUGGAGCUGGCGGCUCCAACCUUCGCGACAUUGUUGUCAAGGCCGGCGGCUCUGACGACCGACGAGAGCUUGCCCGCACCAUUCAGUUCCCCAAGCAGGAGGCCGAUGGAAAUACUAUCAAGAUCGAGGGUCGCACUGAUGUUGUGAACAAGAUCGUUGAGCGUAUUCAGGAGAUUGUGGGUGAGCGUGAGAGCCAGGUUACUGAAAUUGUGGAUGUUCCGAUUGAGAACCAUCGUUCACUUAUUGGUCGUGGUGGUGAUACAAAGCGCCAGCUCGAGUCUAAGUUCACUGUCUCUAUCGACGUUCCCCGCCAAGGUGAUGGCAAGACUGGUGUCAAGUUGACCGGCCGCCCUGAGAACGUGGCCAAGGCUAAGGAGCAUAUUCAAGGACUUGUUCAACAGCAGCAGGGUGAGACCAUCCAAGUGCCUCGCAACCUUCACCACUCCAUUUCCAACGGUGGCCAGUUCUUCCGCCAGCUUCGCAACAACUACUCGGUCACUGUUGACCAUGCUGGUCAACCUCUGCCUGCUAAGCCUGACUCUUCUGCUCGCUCUAACGUCGGAGCACUCCCUCUGAUCACCGAUGACGACGAUGCCACAUCUGAGGCACACUCGUGGAAGGUUGUCCAGAUUGAUGCUGGUGACGAUAGUGAUUUCCCUUGGGUUCUGCGUGGUUCAUCUGAGAACGUAGAGAAGGCCAAGGAUGCCAUUGCCAAGGCUCUUGAGCAGGCUAAGAAGAAUGAUGCUACAGGCUAUCUGGUUCUCCCAGACCCUCGAACCUACCGACAUGUUAUUGGUCCCAACGGCUCCAAGGUCAACUCGAUCAGAAAGGAAAGCAAUUGCAAGAUCCAGGUCCCUCGUGACCAGGCGAAGGACGAAGCCAUUGAGAUUAUUGGAACCAAGGACGGAGUUGAGCUGGCUAAGAAUCUAAUUCUUGAGGCUAUGGGUUCACAAUUGUCGCCCGCAACAGCUCCCUGGGAUGGGGUCUCAGGCCAGGAGCAACUUUUUGUUCUGAUCACAGGUGCCAAUAGUGGUAUCGGUCUCAGUAUUGGAGAACGACUAAUCGACGAAUUCCUCGCUACACGAUCUUUGCGCUCCCACCUCAUCCUCAUCCCCACCACACGAUCCAAGUCCAAGUCCCUACAAACGAUCAAAACCCUUCGUGACUACGCCAGAAAAGCCGCGCAAUCUUCUACAGCACUGCGUUCUCGAAUCGGGAGUUCAUAUCGCUGGGAAGACACCGUUGCGCGAAUCCAUAUUCUGAGCUUGCAGCUUGACCUGUGUGACUUGCGCGGGGUGUAUUCUUUCGCAAAUGCUUUGUUACGAGGCCCGGUGAGCAAUCCUGAGGGGCUAGAGGGCGAGUAUCUACGAGAUGGGUUGGUGCAGUCUGUUACUUGGCCAAACUUUAAGAUGGCCCUCCCUACUGCUCUUUUGUACGAAAAGCCCAACUACAACUAUCCUAAGGAACCUUUACUCGGCGAGGUUUUUACAGCCUGUGUUUUUGGUCAUUACAUAUUGGCCCAUGAACUCCUCCCACUACUUAGUCGGCGAUCCGAAACCGAAACACCAGGCCGUCUUGUCUGGUCCAGCAGCCUUGAGGCCAUCGAUAGUGUUCUAGAUAUGUCCGACUUCCAGUGCUUCAAUGGCAAAGGCCCGUACGAAUCCGCCAAACGAGUCACCGACAUCCUCUCCCUUACUGCAACUCUUCCAGCCGCUAUGCCAUCUUCCAGCCGCUUCUUCACUCCCGACGACCCCACUGAGGCCCGCGAUAAACCCAUUCGACCGCGCAUGUAUCUCACCCAUCCGGGAAUUGUUGCCAGCACCCUGUUCCCAGUUCCCUGGUUUCUCAUGUGGGCAUAUGAACUUGCUCUUCUGAUCAGUCGCUGGAUUGGUUCGCCCUGGCACAACACGGACAGCUAUACUGGUGCCAAAUCCCCUGUUUGGAUUGCGCUCCAAGAGCAAUCUGCGCUUGAUGAAUUAGGUGCCGAGCGCAUCAAGUGGGGGAGCAGCUCGAAUCGUCACAUGCAGGUCGAAGUCAAGAAGACAGAAGUCGAAGGCUGGGGUUGGGAGGGCAAAGUCGAAGAUGCGGCAACGCUCGAGGCUGACACCGCUGUUGGUGUUUUCAAGAAGGCAAUCGGGCGAAAGAGAGGCGCUAAAGACGUGACCAAGGAAGAUAUCGUGAGAUUCGAGGAACUGGGCGCCGAAUGCUGGAAAAAGAUGGAGAACAUGCGAUACGAGUGGGAAACCAUUCUUGGGGUUAAAAAGGCGUCGAGUACAAGAUCUCAUCAUGGGUAA